AUGAUCAUCGCCCAGGUAAUAGAACUGCAGCCAAGCGACCGCCAGGAAUGGGCUUUCCGCAGCCACGCGGCGGCCGCCCGGAUCGCCCGCAACGAUCUCAUUGCCCUCUGGAGGGAGGAGGGAAAGCGCCUCAAGGGCUUUCGCUUUAAGACGGUGGAACUGCGGCCCCAGGUCAACCGGGUGAAGUACGCAGCCCACCCCUGGUUCAGGGAGCUGAGCCAGAACGCCGUGAAGGGCGGGAUGAUGGACGCGGUGGACGCGGUGGACGCCAUAGAACGGUACUAUAGAGGCCAGAACCGCCGACCGCGCUUCCUUGGCAGGAACAGCCGCCUCCGGUUCCGCAUAGAUAACGGCGUAGGGACCGUGAAGGUGGACAACAGUCACCUGCUGCUCCCCCGCAUAGGCCAGGUGCGCAUGAAGGAAGAGUUGCGCUGGCCCGGCAAGGGCAUACGGGAGUGCCGGAUACGGGAACACGGCGGGCGUUGGUACGCCAGCGUCCGUGUAGAGAUUGGCGAAGCGGAAUACCCCCACCACUGUGGUAAUGGCGUGCUGGGUAUUGACCUGGGCCUGAAGACCUUCGCCACCAUCGCCUACCCGGACGGGACCAUCGAGAAGGUAGAGGGUCCGGAACCGCUCAAGCGCAGCCUCCGGUCUCUCCGGCGGUCGCAGAGGAAGCUGGCCCGCCGGAAGAUGGGCAGCCGGAACCGGGCCAAGGCCAAGGGGGACGUGGGCCGGCGACACCGCAGGAUGGCAAGUAUCCGCAAGGACUUCCUGCACCAGUUGUCGCACCGGCUUACGGCCAACGCCGAAGUGGUCCAUGUGGAAACCCUGUCCAUCAGAGGCUGGCAGAGGCUGUGGGGACGGAAGACGUCGGAUCUGGCUCCGGGGGAACUGUUGCGCCAGCUGGAGUACAAAGCCGAAUGGCGGGGCGGGACCUUCGUGAAGGUUGCCAGGGACUUCCCCUCCAGCCAACUGUGCCACGACUGUGGAGAGCGAAAGGGCAAGCUGGGGCUGGAGGUACGGCGGUGGCGCUGCUCCGGAUGUGGCGCUCUCCAGGACCGGGACGGCAACGCGGCCCUGAACAUCAGAGACUGGCCGGGAGCUACUCGGCCAUUGCCUGUGGACGCCAGUGGAGCACCGGACCUGACCCCCACCGCAACUCCUGAAGCGACGGUUACUGCGACCCUUUUGCCUAUGGCCAACAUAGCUCCGUCCCUUCAGGUGCUGGAGUUUAACGGCCAAAGAGUGUCUACGGGGGUCAGCCUCACCGGAGGCAGGGACCAGGAGAUUCCGAUAAAGCUCAUGGCCCGGGACGAGGAUGGGAAUCUUGCUUACAUAGCGUUGAUUGAAGAAAACGGAAGGGUGCUGGCCCAGGAAAGCUGUCAACCGAAUAUGGUCACCGAAUGUACGCUGGUGCUCACUAUGACUUCCCCCGAAGGCUACGGCCAAAGGAUAAAGUUCAGCGCCGUGGCGGUGGACCAGGACGGUCUCCGGUCCGAGGCUAUAAGCUUCAUUGUUGGGACCAACCUGCCGGCAGUUGGCGGGGCCCCCGAGCCAGAGCCAUCACCAACUCCCGAAGGACCACCAACUCCCGAAUCCCGAACCACUUCCACUUCUCGCACCUCAAUCACCCUCAGGGCCCCCCCACCGCGUGAUUUAGAUCCCUUUAUCGCCAAUAUCACGACGACAUUCCAGCCCCGAAUUACCUAUAACGGUGGACGCCUCCUUUCUUACGUCUUGUUAGAUGGGCCCGAAGGCAUGGAGAUUGACUUCAGGUAUGGGACUAUCACCUGGACUCCCCAGGAAGCCCAUGAGGACCAGACUUUUGAGGUCGUCGUCCUGGUUACCGAUGGCGACAUAUUCACCGAGGCUUCCUUCCAGGUAACAGUGGUGGGACCAGAAUUCCUGGAAACGGAGAUAGACGGGAAUAUUCUGAGGGUGACUGACACCGAAACCACCCUGGAUGGGCUGGAAAUAACCUCGGCGCCCGACGAGAUACCGUUGACAACACAGGACCUCGCGGACUUGCAGGAAAUACUGGGAAAGGCGCCUCCCGCAAGUGUGCCAGACGUCCCUUCCUGGAUAACGCCGAUUACGGAUGUGCUGGUUGUGACGGGACACUUUAGCAACUUGGUGGAACUCCGUUAUCCACUAUCCAAUUUUCUCGGCAACAUUCCACCAGGUCUUACAACUAUUGACGUGACCAUCUAUGUCUAUUCUGAAGCAGUGGACGCAGCAGAAGGGAUGUGGCUUCCCGUUGCCGUGGAAUAUUCCCUGGAAGGCAGCACAGUGGAAGAAGCGACUCUGGUCGUGGCCCUCGGGCGGUUGCAAGGUUUUGCAUUCGUCGGUUACCACAUCCCCGAAGCUCCCGGACCUAUUGAAUCGGGUUCCGUAAACACCAGCAAUGGGCCUGCACAAUUGGACUCACAAAGUCGCACAAGUCUAAGUUUCUCAGGACCACCAUAUUCCACACAAUUGGGGAAUCGACAGGGCGAUUCACCGGUAACUUUUGUUCCGGUUCCCAGGAUAAACCAAAAGGUAGCUGCCGUAUCUACGGGAAAGUCUUCCUAUCGCCAGCAAGAAACUCCUGCCUGUGAGAUGGUUGAAACGGCGUCUCUUUGUGUUAAUCCCCCUGACAUUGGGAAGAUUCAAUGCGAGAGGCUUCCAUAUCUCGAGCUAGGGGUGGUCGCCAUUGGAAGUGACGAACAGACUUGCACCUACGAAGACGACACCGACAUUGAGAUAAGGGUAUGGAACUUCGGCAGAGACUGCCGCUGGGGUAUCCCUGCAAGUACGUCACACACUGGGUGCAACAAGGGAGGAAGCGUACACGACCUGGCAGCCUGGGCAAUCAAGGCUCAAUCCGGUUUUGAAGCGCUGGGGCUGGCCUACGAAAAACAGAUGACAAUCAAGGUACUUAUCUUGCCGAGUGGCAUCGGUGGGCUCACUGUGCCCCUCACCUCACGGAAGAUAAUGUUCUUGGACAAUGACAAUAGUCGUUCUGCGGAGCAAGCCGAAGCCAUAGUGCUUCAUGAGUACAUGCACCUUGCUCAGGGACAUUUUGAAAAUGUGCCGCCUCAACUCGACCGAAGUGGCUUGAUCUACGGAAUUGGCCAAGACUUGUGGUUAAUCGAAGGUGUUGCACAAUGGUUUGCCGAGGCUGUAAACGACGACCUAAACACGAACGUCUAUCGAUUCCACCAAGAAAGAAUAAUGGAGGAAGGGGUAAAUAACUGGGAGGUAAUACCAGGGUCAGAUAGCCCAUACAAGAGGGAUAUUUUCUUUAAGCUGCUUGACAGUUCGUGUCCAGACUUUGAUCUCCAGCUAAAGAGCUCAUUUAGUUCCAACCAUUUUACCGACCGCACCGGGAUCAAGAAUUUGGUAAGUCUGUUUGAAGCCGCUGGCUGCGACUUCGGCGAUCACCUAGGCGAAGAGCGUACGGGCACCCUGGAGGCCGCCAUUGUCUAUUACAACUAUGCUAUGCAUUACAGACGGGACAUUUCUUUGAUCGACUCUAAUGAACCAGAUCGUGUAGUCCAUGAACGCCCGAUUCCUGAUUCCACAGGGGUAUGGAAUAUACCCGCCGCAGGCGCCCAUACAUUCAGGCUUCGCAUCAACCAAGGCCAAUACACUCCCGGCCAGAUAUCAGAGUUCGUAAUCAAUACAGACCGGGAAGUUAUCGUGUCCAUGAUUAGCAGUUCGGAAGAUUUCAUUGACAUGAACACGAUAGGUCCCCGCGAGGACCCUCAUGCCUGGUUUACUGCCUCAAAGGGGUUGAGGGGAUCGAAGGAAACCACCUAUAUCUAUUCUGGGACUGGGGCGCCUGAAAUAAUUGUAACCAUUGUCAACCCAAGUUUGACCUCGAGUGCCAACAUCCAAAUUGAACAUGGGGUCAGAGAAGAGACUGCUCAACCGCUUACUACGCCAGAAACAGAGACUUCGGCGGACGUCGAAGCAGAUAGAGCAGCCCUCGUGGCUCUCUACGACGCCACCGACGGUGAUCGCUGGACCAACAACGACGGUUGGCUCAGCGAUGGACCAAUCGGCACAUGGUACGGUGUAGUCGCGGACAGCUCCGGGCGCGUCUCCUUCUUGCCCCUCAGCAAUAAUGGAUUGAACGGAAAUAUACCUGAUGAGUUUGGAAACUUGACCAACCUGCAGGUGCUGUACCUCCAGGACAACAAGAACGAAGACAACGACGGGUUGACCGGAGAGAUUCCCGCCUCGUUCAGCCAACUGACCAACCUGAGAUUUCUUGACCUCAUGGCAACCAGUUGA